CUGAGCCAGUGAUGAAGGCGUCGUUCAAGGCUAUAUACGAGCCCGACAAAGCGGCAGCCGCUUCCACCAUUUCCGUCAACACCGGCGACUUCAAGCUCCGCGCCUCCCUCACCGAUGCCACCGUCGUCAAUGGUCCCGCUUCAGUGAACGACCUAGCUAUCGCCGUCGAGAAACCCGGCUUCUUCAUCGUAGACUACAAUGUGCCCAAAAAAGAUAUUAGGUUUCAGUUCAUGAAUAGUGUUAGGGUGGCAGAGAAGCCGUUGAAUUUGACUUACAUUCACAGCAAAGGCGACGGGCGGACCAUUUUGGAUGGGGCUUUGGUGAUUGAUUAAGGCAAUAAUGUCUCUGCAAAUCAUGUGCUCGGAACAGGAAAUACGAAGCUGAAGUAUACUUAUGUUCAUGAAGGGCUGACAACUUUCGAGCCGAGCUAUGAUUCGGGGAAGAAUGCGUGGGAUUUUGCUGUAACGCACAAGGUUUACGGGGAUGAUGUAUUCAGGGCUACUUAUCAAACAUCUGCUAAGAAUUUGGGGUUGGAGUGGAGCCGAAAUUCAAAGCAGAACGGGUCGUUCAAGAUCAUAGCAUCCAUCAAUUUGGCAGAGGAACGAAAAAUACCAAAAUUAUGUGCCGAAACUACCUGGGACUUUGAGAUGUGAUCUCCUUAUUUGUGCUGCAGGGGAGCAAGGAUCUCAUCGCUGAUGGAGUAUUAUGUAUUUUUAACCCUUCAGUUUACAUGUAAAGAUCAAUUCUAGGUGGGCACUGAAAUAGUAUUUGAUUUUGCUUUGCUACC